UUGGCCAACACGGCAAACCCGACUGAACGUAAAAUUGUACACGUCACACAUUCUACCUUCGCCCCUCUUGGACUUCUAGCACUUAUUCUUCUCCCACCGAAACCUCUCCUUCAGAAUCUAUGGAAACAAAAACAGAAUUGUGACGAGCUACCCUCAAGAAUACAGAAGUGUGGCGCAACGUAUGCGAAUACGCAAGUGGAUUCACGGUACACUUCCCGACCCACAGUCUUAGUUAUCUCCUCAAACAUACCAUCUGGAUCCUGCCCCUUCAUCACAAAAUUCUCAUCAUCGAAAGCUGUGCGACAGGAAGCUGCUCUCAUUCCUUUCAUCAUAGCGACCAAUGAAACAUAAUUCGGCAUGAACGAGAUGCACUUCUCUUUCAGAAUUGCAUCAACCAUUCUUCUUGAACAGGACUCAACACUCAUAAACGGGAACCACGUGCAUUUUGGUCUCAGUCCCACACGAAGCACCAUAGGUGUGCGUGAGAAGUACGGACAAAGCUGA